AGAGGUGAAGGUGUGAGCAUCCACUCUGCUCUGAGGAAGGUUCUGUUUGCACUGAAGAAGAUGGAGAGAUGUCUGUUCUGCCUCUCUCUCUCCUCCCUGCUCCUGCUCUCCACAGCCAGUAUUGUGGAUGUGAGGCUGGCGAAUGGUAGCAGCCGCUGUUCUGGGAUAGUGGAGGUUUACCAUCGAGGAGAGUGGGGGACAGUGUUGCGUGAGGGCAGAAUCUGGUCUAUGAGAGAAGCUGGAGUGUUGUGUAGAGAGCUAGCCUGCGGAGAUGCUGUAGAUGCACCAGAACUUGAACAUACUGGACCAGGGUCUGAAAAAAUAUGGAUGGGUAUGGUGUCCUGCCAGGGAUCAGAAUCCACACUGAAAGAGUGCAUUUUAGUAGCAUGGGGUGAACGUUACGUUCUCUACACAAGGGUUGCCGGAGUGGUCUGCUCAGGCAAUGUCAGGCUGGUGGGUGGGGCAGACCUGUGCUCUGGGAGAGUAGAGGUGCAUCAUGGGAGCUCCUGGGGCACAGUGUGUGAUGCUGACUUUGACCAGCAGGACGCAGAGGUUGUGUGCAGAGAACUGGGCUGUGGAGCUCUUAAAGAGCUGCGGGGGGCAGCUGCAUUUGGCCAGGGGGAGGGCCAGGUGUGGGCAAAGGAGAUUCAGUGUACAGGCAAUGAAUCUCAGAUUUACUUCUGUCCCUCAGCACCCUCACAAAAUCAGUCCUGCUCCCAUCGAAACAAUGUGGGGCUGGUGUGUUCUGGGUACACUGAGUCCAGGCUGGCUGACGGCCCUGACAGCUGUUCUGGUCGAGUGGAGCUGCAGGACCUGGAUAACUGGGGGACAGUGUGUGAUGCAUGCUGGGACAGGAGAGCCUCCAAUGUCCUCUGUCAGCAGAUGAAGUGUGGGACUGCAGUGGCAGUGCCAGGACAGUCCUGGUUUGGAGCGGGGAGUGGGCAAAUCAGGGCUGAUGUGUUUGAUUGCCAUGGGAACGAGACACGCCUCUCGCAGUGUGCCAUUUCCUCUUGGAGCCGAGCUAUGUUCUCACAUGAACAGGAUGCUGGAGUCAUCUGCUCUGGCUCUGCCCUCUCAGCUCUGGACGGGACGGUGCGGCUGGCUGGAGAGAGUGCGUGUGAGGGCCAGGUGGAUGUGUACUACCAGCAGACCUGGAUCAGAGUGGGGGGGUCCUGGAGCUUCAGCGAGGCCUCGGUGGCCUGCAGGCAGCUGGGCUGUGGCUCUGCAGUGCAGGUCUACAGUUCCUCUCCGUCUGGGACGGGGGACAGUGGGGAGUGCCUGAUGGGGUUUCAGUGCUCCGGGAGAGAGGCUCACCUGGGGAACUGCAGCGCUCCACACAAACUCUCCUGCAGCUCCAAGGAACAGGUGUCCAUCGUCUGUUCCAAUCACAGGUCUCUCAGGCUGGUGGGGGGAGGGGGGGAAUGUGCGGGACGUUUGGAGGUGUUCCACAACGGCUCCUGGGGGACGGUUUGUGAUGACUCCUGGGACCUGGAGGAUGCUCAGGUGGUGUGCAGGCAGCUCCAGUGUGGGACAGCCCUCAGUGCCCCGCUACCCUCCUUCUUUGGGCCAGGAAAUGGACCCAUCUGGCUGGAUGAGGUGGGCUGCAUGGGAAAUGAGACGUCCCUGUGGGACUGUCCCACAUCUGGAUGGGGACAUACUGACUGUGGACACAAUAAUGAUGUGGGGGUCGUGUGUUCAGAAUUCAAGGAGAUAAGGCUGACCAAAGGCUGUUCUGGGAAUUUGGAAGUUUUCUACAAUGGCACCUGGGGCAACGUGUGCUUCAAUCGAAUGACUACAGACACAGCCACUCUCAUAUGUCAGGAGCUAAACUGUGGGAAGAGUGGAUUGCUUUCCCGUACAAGGCCAAGGCUGGAAUCAGUUCCAAACUGGCUGGAUCAUUUAAAAUGUCGCCCACAUGACUCCACUCUGUGGCAGUGCCCAUCAAGCCCUUGGGGUCAGAAUAGCUGCAGGAAAAAUGACGUGGCUUUGCUCACCUGCACAGGGGAAGAGCACAACGAAGUUCCAAGAAGCAAAUUGUCAUGCUCCUCUGCUACACAUCAGAGAGCUUGCACAAAUCACUGGCCCCUCCGGCUGAUGGGGGGUAAAGGCGAGUGCUCUGGGAGGCUGGAGGUGUUCCACGGGGGGUCCUGGUGGAUGGUGUGUGGAGACUCCUGGGAUAUGAUGGACGUCCAGGUGGUGUGCAGACAGCUGGGCUGUGGGUCAGCAAAGGAGGCCCAUGGUAAUGCUAUUUUUGGGCUGGGGAAUAGUUCCCUCUGGCUGACUGAAGUGAACUGCAGGGGCAGUGAGCUGCACCUGUGGGACUGCCCACACUCUGUGCACCAGCACAGCCGAUGCCCACCCCAGAACCAGGCUGGGGUCACCUGCACAGGUCAUUCAUCUGACUCCAGUUCCACUGCAGUGACCAAACAGCCAGAGCUCCCAUUAGAGGCUCCACCCAGCUGGUCUAUCCUAGAAGUGGCCUUCCUGGUGGUGGGGGUGCUGUUACUCUUGCUGCUGGUGGUGCUGCGUGUUCUGCUGCUCCGGAACAGAGCACUGAGGAAAGCCCUGUCUCAACGGGACCACGCCCCUCUGCACGAAGCCAUCUACGAGGAGCUUGAGUGCAAACUGGCUGAAGGGGAAACCACCAGCGCCCCCUGGCGGGGGAGUCGCCUAUCUGAGGAUCCGCCCUCUGGGUAUGAAGACGUGGAGGAAGGUGAGGGACUCUCCCUCUCAGGGGACCUGGUGACGGAGGACACACCAGAGAACUAUGAUGAUGUCAUCACUGCAGAUAAGCAUCCCGACAGUGUGACAGGGGAGCUGGUGGACGGAGAUGCACCAGAGUGCUAUGAUGAUGUCAUCACCAUGCAGCCAGGCCCAGAUGCUUUUCCAGGGGAGAGCGUUCUGGCCCCCGAAAGCCCUCCAGCUCCCAGUGGGAUGGACUAUGAUGAUGUGGGGGAGGAGCCUCCUGAAUGAGGAGGAGCAUCUUGAGAUUGGCACUUCUAACUGAGGAAGAGUCUGCUCACUCAAGUUUGGAUAGCAGAGCGUACAAGGAAACAUUUAUCCUACACAGUGUCACAAGAAAAAUAUUUUAAUGUGAUAAAACCACAUCCUAGUAGAUCAGCCAUUCAUCAAUUAGUAAUUCACCUGGAAUUAUUGACAGUAGGAUCCUUAGCUCGUUCAUAAAUUAGACCAUUGUAAGUGCUGGUACUUGUAUAAAUUGGCUAUAACAGCUUUCAUUCAUUGACACAAUGAAUAAAUUAUUGCAGU